CUCAGAGAGUCGAUCCGGGUACUCGGCUGGAAGGCUGGAAAGAGCCUAUAGGUACCAAUAUGGCGGAGGCUUCCUUCGGGAGUUCGAGCCCAGUUGGCUCUUUAUCGUCUGAAGAUCAUGACUUCGAUCCGACAGCAGAGAUGCUAGUCCACGAAUAUGACGACGAGAGGACUUUGGAGGAGGAAGAGUCAUUGGAGGGCGAGAGAAACUUUAACUCAGAGAUAGCCGAUCUGGAGAAGGAGGGGAACAUGCCGUUGGAGGAACUGCUGGCCAUCUACCGCUAUGAGGCGUCUGUCAGUACGGCUGCAGGCUCCAGCAUGGACAGCUUUUCUGGGGAGCUGACGGAUGAGCUGCCAGAUAUGACUUUGGACAAGGAGGAGAUAGCUAAAGACCUGCUAUCAGGGGACUAUGAGGAGGAGACCCAGUCAUCUGCUGAUGACCUCACCCCUUCAGUCACCUCCCAUGAGGCCACCGACUUCUUCCCCAGAACACUCAGAUCUAAUACUAUCUACGACGGUGAUAAGGAGUCCGAGUGUGAGGAGGACGGCCCAAGCCUAGAGGACUCCAGAAAGGAAAUAAUGGUGGGGUCGCAGCACCAAGCAGAGGUCCCCACCCACCUCUGUCACUAUGGCGACGAUAAGGUUUACGAAGAUGAUGACCAGUUGCUAUGGAGCCCGGACGUGUUGUCAGAAAGCAAGGUCAGGGACUUCCUGUGUGAGGCGUCGUCACGGGCGACCGAUGAGAGGACAGGAAGUGACAUGGCAGGGGCUCAUGUGAGCGACAAUGAGCAGGCUCUGUAUGAGCUUGUGAAAUGUAACUACAAUACCCCUGAAGCACUGGAGAGGUAUUGCAGUAACGUGAACUCAUCACAGGAGGAAUCCCCACCGUGGUCUGAAGAUGAAUGCAGAAACUUUGAACAUGCACUACAGCUAUACGAUAAGAACUUUCACCUCAUACAGAAGCACAAGGUUAAGACACGGACGGUAGCUGAAUGUGUGGCCUUUUACUACAUGUGGAAGAAGUCGGAGCGCUUUGAUUUCUUUGUCCAGCAGAAUCGCUUUGGCAAGAAGAAGUAUAGCAGCUAUCCUGGUGUAACGGACCUGAUGGACCGGCUGGUGGACGAGGCGGAGGGCCUGGCAGUAGACAGCUCCUCCUCUGUGUGCUCAGGCGGAGGAGGAGGGGUGAGGAUGGAGCCCACCACAGAGCAGCAGCUCAGCCUGCUCAACUCCAUCACUGCCAGCGACCUCACAGCCCUGAGUAACAGCGUGGCCACAGUGUGCAGCCCAGCGGAGGUAAGCUGCCUGGACUCGUACGGUUUCCCCCCUCUGGAGAGCCUCCACCGGGGGUCCCUGGCACAGGAAGAGCCCCUGGGCUUCCCCUCCAACGGAGGAGAUCCCAACUGUCUCAACAUGCUGGACGCUGGCUUCUACCACUCAGACCUGGGCCAGCGGGGAGGGGUGUACGGGGGCAAGGACUGCGAGCGGCCUUCUAAGAGGCUCAAGUUGGCGCUGCCCGACUCUUUCAUCAACGAUGUUUCUGUGGGUAACCUCGGAGUGGAUUUUGAGGGGCGGCGGAACACGGCACACCACCGCAUCACCGGUGCCAAGAUGGCGGUGUCCGUCACGGACUUUGGGGGCUUGGUGGGCAGUGGGGAGCCCAAUGGGUUUAUGGGAGCACAUGCACGACGUCACAGCACAGCGCUCCAGUCAGAGUGACCACCCCCGCCCCCAGAAUCCCUCUUUUAAAUCCACCAUCCGAUGUGUACAUAAGACUCACUCACUGGAGAUUUUUGUUUAAUAAUUAUAUAUACACAUCUAUUUCGUUUUUGAUUUUAUUUGUGAAAUAUGACAUCAGUGAUGUCUUUAUCGUAUAGAACAAACAAUCUUGAUUUCUCAAGAGUUUAUAUAGCCAUUUAUUUUCCGCGGCCCUGAGAUGUCAGUGUCCAUGUAGUGUGGGGCCCAGCCCAGCCUGUCCCGGAGGCUGCGGAUAGACAGUUGUUUUGUUCCUCAUCCCUCACAUCUACAGACGACUUCUUCAAAGCUACGUAAUCCUGCCACUCAUAUACAGUUGCCAAACCAGCUUUGUUCUGGUUUACUAAGUUUGUUCAUUAUUAAAGUGGUAUUUUUGAUUAACAAUCAGUGUUUACAGGUACUUGCAGAAACCAAGCUUGGUCAAAUGUGUUUUGUCCGAGAGGAGCCUGGGUUUUGUACUUAAUGCAACAACACUCGAUGGUGUUGAGGCGGUGUAGAUUUUAACUAGGAGCAUAUCAGUUGCUAGGAUGUUUUUCUCUCCCUCUCGCCUUUGUUUUUGUUCCUGUGGAAGCUUCUUUUAUACUCGGCUUGCUUUUUUCAGACUUUUAACAGUCUGAAGUGGCCAAACCAGAGGAGAAUGUUUAACAAAAUAUUAUAUGUUGAUUUUCCUCAGUGUUCAGCUGUGACAGAGCUUGCCAAAACAUUUUAAACCUUUUUUAAAUCUGCCAAUUUUAUUAGCGGAGUCAAGUGAUCAAUGUAAAGACUAAAAGGCUGGGUCUGACACCCAACUAAUCUGGGCAGUUUUAUCUGUCCAUCAUAUUAUCUGAAACAUGCCCUUAUAAAUCUGUCUCUUAUUGCCCCAGAAAUUAGCCAAUAUCAUGACAAUAUUUUACAUUAUGACAGAACAGUUUUUGGAUUGGCAUUAUAGUGUUGCACUGAGAUGUCAUGUGUUCAGCUCCAGUAAUGUAUAUAGUUUCUGCCCUAUACUCUUAGCACAACAUGUAUUUCUUCAUAAAUCUAUUUGGCCCUAGUUGAGUGCUAAAUGUGUUGUUUGCAUGGUCAUCAUGGAGCUUGAUCAAUCUGCAAAAGUUAGGGUUUAUUUUUUUCCCUCUACUGUAUUGUUCUUUAUUGAAACUACUUAAAAGGCCUGCAUAAGCUUGUUAGCAGUAUUAUUUCUUUAUUUAAAGCCACUUUUUUCCUUUUCUGCAACUUCCACUGUACUGACUGGAGGAUGCCUUGUAUUAUCCGGUCCAUAAUUUGUCCAGUUGCAGUCUAACAGAGAUUCAACUUCUAUUUCUCUCGACUGAACUAAUUGUGAAUUGUUGAGUGUUGGGGGGGGGGGUCGUCCAUCAUUGUCUUUUUAAUGUAUGCAGUAGUGAUUGCUUCAUUUACCUAUGCAUUGUGAGUUUGAUAAUUAGUUGGUUUCAGGGGUGUAUAUGAACAAAAAUAUAAACGCAACAAUUUCAACGAUUUUACAGAGUUACAGUUUACAGAAGGAAAUCAGUCAAUUGAAAUAAAUGAAUUAGGCCCUAAUCUAUGUAUUUCACAUGACUGGGCUAAACUAAUUCUGAUUGGCCUGGCACCCAGUGGGUGAGCCCUUGCCCAGUCAUGUGAAAUACAUAGAUUAGGGCCUAAUUCAUUUAUUUCAGAAUUAGUUUUUAUACUAAUUAGUUUUUAUACUAAAUACUCUAAAACGACAUUGGAGGUGGCUUAUGGUAGCGAAAUUAACAUUAAAUUAUCAAGCAACCGCUCUGGUGGACAUUCCUGCAGUCAGCAUGCCAAUUGCACGCUCCCUCAACUUGAGACAUCUGUGGUGUUAUGUGUCAAAACUGCACAUUUUAGAGGGGCCAUUUAACUAUGUCCCCAGUACAAGGUGCACCUAUGUAUUGACCGUGCUGUUUAAUCAGCUUCUUGAUAUGCCACACUUGUCAGGUGGAUGGAUUAUCUUGGCAAAGGAGAAAUGCUCACUAACAGGGAUGUAAACAAAUUUGUGCAUAGAAAUUUAGAGAAAUAAGCUUUUUGUGCUUAUGGAACAUUUCUUGGAUCUUUUAUUUCAGCUUAUGAAACAUGGGACCAACACUUUACAUGUUGCAUUUAUAGUUUUGUUCAGUAUAAUUCUGAAUGUCACCCACAAAAGUCCAUAGAUUUCUUACAUAAACAUUUACCAUACAAUAAUUCACUAUCCUGAGUAUGUACAGACGGGUUUUUUGCAUUGGUUUUACCUAGCUAGGCGUUAUCUAGUCAUUCUGUUUCUAUGGCAGAUAUUGGAGUCAGCUGUUUGUUCAGCUUGCAUUAUUUCCCCAAAUGUGGACAGUUUCAUGUAAAUAAUUAACUAAUAGCCUUAAAUGUCUUCAUUGACCUCUUUAAACUUGUGAAUCUGUGUUGAUACAAAUACUUAAAAUUAGAUUCCUUGUCAAAAGGCAAUAAUGUGUCUAUGUACUGACAUUACAUGUUUUUACAUUUUACUGAUUGGCUUUUGGUGUUUGGAUAUUUGGGGGGGUGGGGGUCCCUUGGCAGUGGGAGACAGAAAAACAAUGCAUGCUAGCUGUGUGACAGUUCUCGAAAAUGUACAACUUAAAAAGGCUUUACCUAAGACGUAUUAAUAUAUUAUUCAAUGUUGCAUUUUGAAGUUGCAAUCAUAAUGUACAAAUCCCAUUUUGUUACUCUUCAUUUAUUUCCUUUACACAUUUCUGUCUUUGUCUUGGUGAAAGGGAUGGCUUCUGUAGUCAGUAUGUUGAAAGAUGGGUCUGGUUCAGAAUCAAGCCCUCGUCCCUUAGGUACUUUCAUAGAUCUGGACCCGUAUCCACAAAGGCUCUUAUUCAUUGAUCUAAAAGGCCAAACUGAUCCUAGAUCAGCACUCCUACUCUGAAAUGCUUUGUGGAUGCGAGCCCCUGGUAUGGUUGGAUAGAUGGAACCAAAAUGGCAGAUGAACUACUACCAUAUUGCUUAUACCUAUCCAAUGCUUUCAGAUACAUCAAGUGCCUAGGGAUAUGUACCAGACCAUUGUUACUCACCAUCAUCAAAAGUGCAGAUGUCGUGGGUGUCUCCAGGCUCUCUCUAGCUUUAUCAGUGCAGUGAUAUUUAUUUCACCCUAUGGUUUGGUAUAAAGACUCAGAAAUACUGUCUGAAUGUAAAGGCCAUUGACUAGUAGAUUAAUAUUUUGAUUUUACAACCCUGUCCUGAAAUCUCAUAAUGUGAUAUUUUUUUGGAAAUCUCUGGAGAGACUUGUGUGUAAGAAAGCACUAAUUUCUUUUUAUAUUUUGUAUUGUGUUUUGAAGUUUAAUAGUAUAAAAAGAUAUAGCAGUUGUGGUUGUUUAAAAAAAUAUCUAGUUAUUUGAAGUAAAGAACACCUUUUUGUGAAUAAAACAUAAAUGUAUAUCCAGAAAUAUAGACAAUCAACAUAUUUACUAUCGAAUGUUCAAGAGAAACUCGCUUUUGUUUAAGAAUUGUACAUAGACACUGAAUUGUUUUUUUUUUCUUUGGGUUUUGUUAAACAUUUUGUAUUUUCUGUUCUUUAAUACCUGAUGUACAUAUCCAGAAAUAAAGCUCUGGAAAAGGUCUCAA